ACUUGGGAAAUUAGUGUUUAAUUGUGAUUUGCGCAAGUUAUUGUUGCGGCGAUGCUUAAGAGACUCCUGAGUAGUUUGUAAAUAACUUGAAUAACAUUGGCAGCUAUGAUGAAUAUCCCAGCACAGGAUAAUGUGGGCCUCUUAUCAUCAGACGAAGGCGGCGGCAGUUCGGACUUACACUCCGACAGCAGCGAGGACGAGGUGACAGAGCACGUGACCCGCUCCACGCCACCAACAAACAUGGCCGCCGCCAGGGCACAGGUGCCAACAAUAAGCGUGACUCCCCACAGUCCUGGCGUGCUUGAUGAUAGCAUACAGCAGCUACGACGGCUGCAUGUGGCGGUGCAGCGGAUGCGCGCAGCUCCACUACCUCUAGUGGGAAAUGGAUCGAGCAGACUCAGUACAUCGUGUCCAUCGUUAUGUAAAGAUGGCGCUCCCGAGCCGGAUUGCUCGUCGCCUAUUAAUUUGGACUUCUACCCGCAAAGUCGGAAGGGCAGCGGUGAAUCUCGACAAUGGUGUUUAUGGGAGAGGAGGGACGAAGGCCGCAGGAGUUCGUGGGCAGCUCUGGAGCCCGGCGGCCGUACUGUCGACCCGCACCGUCAGCGCAGCACCCUGAAUGGGCACAGCGCGUCACUGUCAUCGAUGGAGUCGGAGGGCGAAGUGCCGCGACCGGUGCGACAUUCCACACACUCGCUAAACGACAACGAUCUAGCGAAGGACUUCGAGAAGGUGAGCGCGGCGCUGCGCGCGGGCGCGGCGGGUGCGGGCGCGGGUGCGGGGGCGGGCGGGGGCGGGUGCGGGGCGGGCGCGGCGGGGGCGGGCGCGGGCGGCGCGCGGCUGGCGGCGCGGCUGCCGCUGCAGAAGUCCGUGUCGACGCCCAGCAUCGUGGCCGCCGUGCAGCCGCCGCAGCCGCAGCCGCCGCCCAACGCCUUGUCGACGGGUGGUGCGAGUGAGACAGAGAGCGACGAGGAGACGUCGGCGGCCACGGUGGGCGCCACAGCGCAGUUGCCGGGCCGCAGGAACAACACCCACCAAGAACAUCUAGGGCUGCAUCGCCUCGCCUUCCUCGAACAAGCGGCGUUUGAUCAUCAUGCGGAAAAGAGACGGAAACGGGGCAGUCUGUUCUUCAGGAAGAAGAAGGACAAGUCCCGUAAAGCGAGCCACGUGUGGCAGGCGGCCGGCAGCGGCGGAGACUGCGACUGGUGCAGCCGACCCCUCACUGACAAACCUUCAUUAUACUGUGAAAAUUGCACCAUGACAGUACAUCAAAAUGUAUGCAAAGACAGCAUUGCCGAUUGCAACAAGCCUAAAUCUUCAAAGACAUCAGUCGGUAAAUCAUUGACUGCGAACAGCGGUAAAAGCGGCAAGCGAAGCUCAGUAUCGGGCCAGUCACAAACAUCAAAUAGCACAAGUCAUAUAUACAAUGACGAUAAGGAAGGAUCCGAUCAUAGGCACGAUCAGAGCAAUGCGUCGGACGAGGCGGGUCUGGCGGAGUGGCCCGAGAUCCACCUAUCGGCCGACCAGCUGGGCGAGGAGGCCACGCUGCUGGGGCUGGGCGCCGUCGAGCCCGACACCUGGGCGGCCGGCGCGCCCAAGGGACUCGCCAAGUCGCUUGGCGAACGGGAGACAAAGCGACAGGAACACAUUUACGAACUAAUAUUGACUGAGAAACAUCACUGUCUCACUAUACGUCUUAUGCAAAAGAUGUUCGCGGCGGGCAUGAGCCGCGCGGCGGGCGUGGGCGCGGCGCAGGUGGCGCGCAUGUUCCCGCGGCUCGACGAGCUGUGGGCGCUGCACGCCGCGCUGCUGGCCCGCCUGCGCGCGCGGCAGCGGGACCACGCGCGCGUCGCCUCCGUCGCCGACAUACUCGCGGACGCCUUCGCGCCGCCCGCCAUGCAGCGCCUCAAGUCCGCGUACGGUGAAUUUUGCUCACGACAUCGGGAUGCGGUUGAGGUCUUCAAAGAAUGUUGCACACGGGAGCCCCGACUCGCACGUUUCAUCCGCAAGUGUCAACAGAACCCUAUGCUCAGGAAAAAGGGUGUUCCAGAAUGUGUCCUUUUCGUGGCGCAAAGAUUAACAAAAUAUCCGCUGCUAUUAGAGCCUCUAUUGAAAACGGCCGGCGAUGAUGUGAAUGAACGGGAACUUUUACAGAAGGCGCUCUGUGGAGUUAAGGAAAUCCUUGUGGACGUAGACAAUCAAGUGGCAGCUAAAGAGAGAGAAGAUCGCAAACUCGAAAUUUAUCAUAGGAUAGACGCGAAAUCUUUCGCUAACUUCCGAGGACGCAAGUUUAAAAAGAGCGAUAUAUUGCAAGGCAACCGGAGCUUAAUGUUUGAAGGCGUAGCGACGCUCAUGCAGGGUCGCAGUAAGAUGCAGACGUUAUUCGUUGUCGUACUGACGGAUGUACUUUUCUUUCUUCACGACAAUAACAACAAGUAUACUUUCUACACUCCUGAUAAUAAGACGGGCGUGGUGUCGCUGGUGAAGCUGCUGGUGCGGGAGAAGGCGGGUGCGGAGGGGCGCGGACUGUACCUCAUCUGCAGCGGACCAGCAGACCCGGAGAUGUUCGAACUGCGCGUACACCGUCCCAAGGACAUCCACGCCUGGAUACAGGCCGUCAGGGCCGCAGUACAAAAUUGCCCCGAGGACGUCGAGGAGGCGGAAGCAGGUGCGAUGGCCGUUUCAGCAGAGGAGAGACAGAGACAACUAGACGCGAGACAUGAGAAUAUAAGACUGAUCACAGAGGCAUUAAGAGCUAAGGACAAGGAGCAUGCGACGUUGUUGGAAGAGAAGAUGAUGCUGCAUAUGAAAAUGGUCGGCCACACAGGAUCGUCUACGCUUGAUGUGCCAAAUACAGGUAUAAACACAGUAUUCCCGGGCGGACUAGUGUUCCCCGAUUACGUGAGACUAUCAGCGCCUUCCGCUGAUACCCACGCACUCUGGCAGGAGGUCUGUCGAGUUGUUAAGGCGGCGCUGGAGGCGUCGAUGCGCGCGUGGGCGGGCGGCGGCGCGCUGGGCCGCAGCACCAGCUCGGCGGGCGAGCGACACUCCGCCGCGUACCACUCGCCCGCGCUGCCGCGCCGCGCCGACACCUUCGCAGGGUUCGACGCCUCGCGCACCCGCGGUGUAACUCUCCGCAUGUCGACCGACAACCCCACCGAGACAGAAAACGAGCAAGUGAACAACGAGAGCGGGGAGCCCCGCCUUCUAGACCAAGUGGGCGGAGACGCGGCGCUCAAGCUACAACACGCCAUGUAUACGCUCACCUGCAUCGUGUGGCAGCAGCUCACAACUAUACACAGCUUGGAGGCCCAGGUAUGCGCGUGGCGUAUGAGUGGAGGAUCAGCAGCUCGUACUCACGACGCACAGCUGGAGGAGCUGCGGCACGCGCAGGCGCGCCUCACGCACGACCGCGCCGCCUGGGAGGCGCAGCGCGCCGCCGACCACGCCGCCAUCGCGCUCGAAAGGCGAGAAUUACAGGCCGCACGAGAAGAGUUAGCAGAGCAACAAAAAGAUGUGGAACAACAGAGGGAACGGUUGUAUCGACGGCUGGAAAGGUUACAGCAACAUGGUGGAUCCCAAGAAGAGUUGUCAACGGUGGGCACCCUAUCACCAGACUCUAGCGUUAGCGAUACCACGCGACGGAAAGAUCCUAAAUGGAGAAACCCGCGCGGGUCGACGGGGUCCGAGUCGGGGUCGUGCGCGGGGUCGGCGGGCCCGCUGCCGCCGCCGCAGCUGCUCUCCGCGCACAACGAGACGCGCGCCACAGUGCGCGCGCCCGCCAUCUCGCAAAUGGUGAAACAGCAGUUACCAUUGAAAUUAGCAAGCGGCAAAAGUCAGCAACAGCCGCCACCAGGCUAUCACAGGCUACACGAGUCGCCGUGCGAGACAAACCAAGGCUUAGUGAUACAGCACACACGUACAGGGAGCUCGCCCGCACCACUGCCCUCCCAACAGCAAAUCAAUAAUAAAGCUACCAGAACGAACACAUAUCCAAAGUUACCGGAUAAGUUCCGGGUGCGGUCGCCCGAGCCGAGCGCAGCCCCCGCGCCUGCUGCGGCGGAGGAGGAGGUGAUCUACUUCUGACGGUCGCCGCCCGCCGCCAAGCAUGCGCGCUCCUGAGACUGCCGCCUCUCCUAAACGCACGCGUGCGGUUGCGCACGCACGCGUACGCAUGCGUUCGGAAAGACACUUUGCGGCUUCGCGGACCAGUGCACCGGUAUACGCAAUAGUUUAUUUUCUAAUUAUUAAGCUCUUAAACACCGACCUAUACCGUAGUUACGUUGAUAUUCUAUGUUGUGUAUAACUAGAAUACUGGAGUCAGAUUUUAUUAGUCAAGUGGCAAACGAUAAAUGAAAGAAUGACACAGCAAAGUUGUCGUCUCGUUCUAUUUUGCACUCUAUUAUCUAUAAGGGUUGCCAUUUAAAAUGUUGAAAAUAUUACUAUUUUGUUAGUAUUAUCAAGAAUGGCUUCUAGUUAGUUGAUGUCUAAACUUAAAAUCCUAUUAGUAAAAGACAUAAAUGCAUUUAAACCACGAAUAGUUUAGUAUUCGUAAUAUAGCAAUCAUUCAACAUAGGUCAAUAGAUUUUAAUGGGCGUUUAAAACUGAACCUUACUAUAAUAUUAAGUAUAUUACAGAUCUUCACAUUCAGCAUAGAAAAUAUGAAUGGACUUCAAAUAUAUGAACAAAAAAACCAGAUUCAGUGUACUUUCUGUGUUAUGACUGAUGGGAUGCCCAAUCAUUCCAUCUCUUUCUCACGUUAGAAUAGAAAUAUUUAGAGUUAGAAUCGUUUGCUACCAGACUGAUUAAAAAUGGCAGUGAUUGUACAUUUCAUAACAAAUAUAUUAUUCCUUGUAAGCUUUAAUUGAAUAUUCAGUUAACAAGUUAUAUUGCAGUAUGAAUAGAUUCAUUCGCAACUCUGACACAUUAUUAUUAUUUUAAAU